GUGUCCCCGCAGCUGGCCGACAGCGAGUUCUCCCCCGUGUUCCGCCUCCUGACCAUCUUCGCCUACGGCACCUAUGCGGACUACCUGGCUGAAGCAGCAAACCUCCCUCCCUUGACAGAAGCUCAGAAGAACAAACUGAGGCACCUGUCAGUCGUCACUCUGGCUGCCAAGAUCAAGUGCAUCCCCUAUUCAGUGCUGCUGGAGCAGCUACAGCUGAAGAAUGUCCGGCAACUGGAGGACCUCGUGAUUGAGGCUGUGUAUGCAGAUGUGCUGCGAGGGAGCUUGGAUCAGCGGAACCAGCGCCUGGAGGUGGAUUACAGCAUUGGGAGGGACAUCCGGAGGGAGGAGCUAAGCACCAUCACCCGCACAUUGCAGGAGUGGUGCCAGGGCUGCGAGGUUGUCUUGUCAGGCAUUGAGGAACAGGUUAGCCGGGCCAACCAGCAUAAAGAGCAACAGCUGGCACUUAAGCAGCAGAUAGAGAGCGAGGUGGCAAACCUGAAGAAGACUAUUAAAGUGACAACAGCAGCAGCUGCAGCAGCCACAUCCCAAGACCCGGAACAGCAUCUAACAGAGCUCAGGGAGCCGGCCCCUGGCACCAACCAGCGCCAAGCGAGCAAGAAAACUUCCAAAGCCAAAGGGCUCCGGGGCAGUGCGAAGAUUUGGUCUAAGUCAAACUAGAUCUCCCUUCACAACUGGGAGGGUGAGAGGAAGAGAUUUGGGAGACGGAGGGGUAGCAGGGGUCCCAAGUGUGACGCUGCUGAGCUCUUCUGCAAAAUCCAUCUUGCCAACUAAUUCUCCUGCAUGUUUAUCAUCUUUCCUAUCUUCUUCGCUGACUUUCCAAUCAAUGACUCUCUCCUUUUCAUCACAGCAUUUCACACUCUAAGCUUCCAGUUGUAUGCAUUGCUGUUUCCC